UCCACAUUAAAUACCCCUCCGAGAGGCUGCAGCGUGGACAACAAGCAGGGUUUAGAAAACACAGGGGUUGUUUUUUUUGUUUUGUUUUUUAUUGUGUGUUUUUUUUUUUUUUUGCCCGGUUUCUUACAGUUAGCAAUCAUUAAUAUUUCACUGGAAGCAGGAAAUAGAAGUGAACCGCAGGCGCAAACAAGCCUCGGAGCUCAACUGCCUCACCACCGCCACAGUUUGGUGUAGACUUUCAAAAUGGAUGCUUUCCCCUCGAUAGGUUUCUGUUUCUUUUUCGCUACGGACUGUACAUGCGUGGGUCAACGCGGCGUGGAGGACUGACUACAUUUCAUAAAUAUACGGAUUUAUCACCCGCGAAACGAUAAAAGUGGAUCCUCCAGUGGAUAUUUUUUUGUUGGCGUUUGUUUCCUUCGCGUUUGCCACCAGCUAGUUAUUUUUUAACUUCCUGGUUGUCGCAUGAAUAUGUCUGUUGAAACUGCGGCGAAAGCUCAAGUUACUUGUAAAUGCUCGUCGGACACGGGAUACAUGAGACUUUAUAAUUCAGUUGUGAUGUUUAAAACCAGAGACGGCUGUUUUCAACGAAGGGCAAAAGGAGAACGACAGAUUUCGUAAGAGUCCAGCAAUGGAAAGUGCAAAUGGUGGUGUCUCGAGUAAAGGUGUUUUAGUACAUGUGUCAGCAAGUUCUGAGGACUUUAAAAACAAUGUGUUGGCUCCACUGAAAAGUGCGUAUUUGUAUGAGGAGUCCAAGCAGUCCUUCAGAUAUAAAUCCGCUGUCUUAAUAAAGAACCCGGCGCUGGAAAGAAAGUAUAAUGCUUUCCGAGCCAGAAGAAGAGAAGAAGGAUAUUCAGAGGAGGAUCUGAAGGAAUCUUAUGGGUUUUUGCUGUUUGAUGAUGUCAACAAGGCUAAUGCACUUGGAGAAACAGGUGUGCUGGCUGGAAACAGCACGUGCACAACUCUGGGAGAUCCCUCGAAAGGUGUUUACAUAUCCAUGUACUCUGACUGUUUGGAUCAAAAUCGCUGGUAUCAUGGAAAAUCUGGAUACAUUGCCAUCAUCAGGCUGACAAAGGGAAGAGUUAAAAGGGUUUUAGAGAACUACACACAGAAUUUCACCGCGCCCACUGAGGGGUUUGACUGUCAUGUGUCAGAACAGUUGCCUUCAGUGUCCUCUAAAACCAGCUCCUUUCUUGCCUUUGAGAGAACCCAGUAUUACAUGUAUGAGCUGCCAGGUGAUGGAAGCAAUGACACCGCUCUAUCUCCCAGUGGUGCCUGUCCUUUUGCCAUUGUGCCAUUUUCAUACACGGAUACCAAAGCAACACUUGUAGCACCACAGGAGAAAAGUGAGGAGAAAAAACUGGUUUGUCAUUACUUUCCGUGGAGUGGUCAACUUCAAAUAGGCACGCAUUGCUAUGAUGUUGGACUGAGGUCUACUGCAGGGGCUUUGAUCCCUGCUGAAUUGCCACCAGUGGUUAAAGUUGACAGAGCCAUUUCCAUGUUAGAUCUGAGACAGCUGUUGCCCAGGACGAUCUUCGAAACCUGCCUCUCUGGUGAAGUCUUUCUGGAUGGUUUACACUGCAGUCUGUAUGAGAUGGUUUCUUCUGAGGUGGAAGAAACCAGCUCACUCUCUCUGCUUCUGUGGGAGAUCAAGGAGAAAGAUGUUGCUCUCAUUGUUCCGCUGAAUGAUGGUGGUUUUCUUAUCCUAUUGCACUCCUCCCAUUUCUUCACAUAUGAUGAUUCUGGGUCCAGUGCAGCUGAGGUUCUGCAAGGCAUGUUUGUGUUUCCAGAAUCACGAGUUAUAUAUAGAGGCACAAAAGGUGGACAGAGGAAGCCUGCCUUGUCAUCAGAAAUCCUGCGGGUUUUGCCAGUACUAAGUUAUGCAGAGGGCGAAGUUGAGAAAACACCGAUUGACCCCAGUGAAGAACUGUGUGAAGUAUUUGCACAGCAUAUGCAGAGUUACGCGGCACUGAUAAAUCCUGGGUUGGCAUUAAGUCCCUCUAGGGACAUCAGCAUCUUUCCAGAUCAGUAUGAUGUACAAGAUGCCCACAAGCACCUUUACUCAUCUCCAGAGUGGACUAACAGGGCAUGGCAGAGCUUUAGGUCAUACCUGAGCAAACCAGACUCUUUUCAACUGCCAGUGUCCAAGGCUUCAGAAAUCCUGGCAGCUGGACAGCAGGAGCGAAUAGAAGACCUUGACGAUGAUGUCUACUUUUGUCUGUCAUCUCCUGAGGAGGCACCAGCCAAUCAUGUUAGCAUGGAUUCAGAAGACCAGUUGACAGACCAGAAAUCUGGUGUAAAUGUUGAGACAUCUGUGGACAGUUCUAUAACAAGUGCUGAAGCACAAGUGGACUUGACAGCUGUUUCUCAAAAUGCUGUACCAGAUGAUCUGCAAGCUGGUGAUGCCACCAAAGACACGAGAAAGUCUGACCUGACAUUGCUGAUCAAAGCUGAUGAUAUGGGGGCAAAAAAUUCGCUGACUCCCUCUACAUCAGAUGACCUCCCUGCAGAGCUUAUUGUCAGCAUCACUUCAGCAGAGCGAACUCUCACUGCUAGGAGUGUGAUUAGUACUGAGUCUGCUGAUGAGACUGUUAAAACCAAAGAGGUUUUUGAUUGUUCUGAGGUCACCAAUCUCACCAAAACAAAUGGUAGGAAACUACACAAGGAACAUUCCAAAGGUCAGAAACAUGUAUCUAAAGCUUGCAAUGAGACUCCCAGUUUACAAACAGUUAAUAUGCAAGUAGAAGAUGACAACUUGAAGAGUCAGAAGGAAGACCAGGCAAAGGUAUCAUCAGGUCACCCACAGUUAAGUAAUCCUUCAAAUACUGACUGGAGGAAAGUGCGAAGGCGAAAGCGCAUAUUUGGAAAACUGUCAGCAAAAAAUAAAAAAGUGAAAUCUGCUAUUAUUGAUCUAGCAGUAGCAGAGAAGAAAAAAUCCGACCCCGAACAGCAGAGCUUUAAAAGCACUAUUGUAAUGGAACUUGAUCCUUGUCCUCACAGAAAGAAAACUGAGCGCUGGGACUUAAAGCCAGUUAUCAGCACAUGUGGAAGGAUCUUGGUACCUCAUGGAUAUGUGGAUAUUGCUGAUCAGAUUAAGACUUUGAAGGAUAAGAGUCUAUCUACAAAAGAUGAACAGUUCCCUGAAAAUAUGUUGGUUGAUGACUCUGUGAAUGCUGAGGACCGAGUCAAAGUGGAGAAAGAGUCUAGCACUGCUCUGGAGACAGCAGUGGACAAAACAGAGGCCACAACAUCUAAGGGUGGAGGGAACCAUCCUCAAAACGUUGAUGUCAGUAACGUUAGUCCUGAACACAGCGUUUUGAGACAGUCGGAAGAUGGUAGUGGUUUGUUAACUUUGAAUUCGGAGAGCAGUGAGCAUCAUUCUAAGAAUGAUGGCAUAAACACUCCUUUCAAAACAGUUCAAGAAAAACACACUGAUACCCCUUCCUCUGGAAAGUGUGCAGCAAAGGGUGAAUUUCUGUUGAGUAAACUAAAAUCAGUUCUUCUCAGGGGAAAGAGAAAAACAAGUGUCCUUGUGUCAGAAGAAACAACUGCAGAUACUGCCCAAGACACUCAGCCUUGUCUCAAGAAGGGCAAAGUUGACUCAGACUCUGGGAAGCUGAAGAGUAAUGAAACAAUUAACCCCAGCGUCCAGGAAGUUUCAAAGAUGGUUUCAGUUGACCCUCUUUUUGCAUUUGCUCUAGGCCUGACUCCUAAAGAGACACCAGAUAAGAUACAGAAAUCUCAGGGCCAGGAUACUCAACAAAGGAAAGACUCAUCAGAGACACAAGAACAAACCAUUUUAGAUAAACAACCUCAAAUCAUACAAAGGCCUCUAUCAAUUUUCCCAAGAAGGAGUAGGAUUAAAACACUCAAAAAGCAUCAAGGCGUAUCUGCAGAACAUGUUCGAAAGAAAUGGUGGUUGCAUUUUCAAACCCCAGCUUGUUUUGCCAGUGAAAAACUCAAAUACAAAGAGUGUACUAGGGAUAAUUCUGUCAGGAAGACUGUUAAGGAAAAAAGUAGCAGUGCUUGCUCAUCUACAGAUGCUUUGAACUUACUUGCUGACUUGGCACUCAGUGCCAGUAAUGACCAGGUUCCACCACAACCAGAGCCAGCACUUGAGAGAGAACCUGAGACAAGUUUGAAGAAGUGUGACCUUACGCUUACCAGUGCUGAACAAGAGUCAGUUCUUCAUGCUCUGCUUAGACAGCCUGCUGCUAGACCAAUUCAGCCUCAUGAGUCUCCUUCACCAAGCCAUCUUGUGGGAGGCAGUGAAUUGGUUGGUUUGGUAUCCAAAGAACAUGCUUACUCAUUGCCCCCGUCUUCCUCUCUACUGUUGGGUCUGUCAGGUACACCCUUCCAGGUAUCCCCUUUAAGUGGUUCUACCAGGCUGCUGCACCAUCACCAGACAAUGUAUGGAGAUGGAAUUAAAACACUACAUCCCUGUGUCGAUCAGGAAGACGGAAGUGAACACAACAGCAGGUUCAAAAAACACAUGGUGCGCCUAAGAAAAUUCAGGCACUCACGUACCUUUGUUAACAAGGAUGGAUCUAUCCAAGUCACAAGGCAAUGGAAAGAAAACUAUGACUUCAAUCUCGACAGCAAGUUUACUUGUGACUCAAAGGAUAAAGCUAUCAUCCGAGCCUUACAUGGCCCAUGGGAUUACACCAUUCAAGAUACCAAUGAAGAGGUGCGGCUCAUUGUCCACAUGUGGAUAGGUCUUUUCUACAGCCGGUCAACAGCCAGGUUCUUUCAUGUUGACUCAAACUCUUCAGAAGGAAGUGAUUCUUUGGAAAAGUCACAUGGAAUGAUGUCAGCCCCAGCUCAGACUGAGUUCAAGGCUGAUCCAUUUGCUCCUUUCCCGAAUGUGACAGAUACUACAGACACUUUGAUUUCAAAAGCUCUGGACCUCAGCAAAAAAAAUUACUCUGUCUUGGACCAAGGAACUGUGAUUUUGGACUUGUCACUGAGAAACUCCAGUGCAGAGAUUGUCACUUCAGAUCCACAAGUCAACAAAAAAAUGACUUUUGUGUCUGAACAGAAAGAAGCUGGUGACACAUUGAACUCUCUCAAGUCAUCCAUGGAACCACAGAACGCAAGCACAUUUCAGUGUUACAGAAAGAGUGAACAUGCCACUGACAUUAUCAAUGAGAUGAAUAAUGUCCAAAGCACCACGUCAAAUAAGAGGACUUGUACCCUUUUGCAAAAAGCUGGCUGCCUGGAGCACACUGAUGUACCACCAUUUAAAGGUGGUGGGAUAUUCAUUUCUGUUCAGGAAGAUAUGGUAAAUGUAUCAGGUCAGCCAGGAAACCAUCAGACUGCUCCAGGAAUUGGCCAUGUGUUACAUGGAUGCAACAAUGAGAAGACUGAUAUGAAAGAUGGCAUUGAAAAUUCACAAGCUAAAGAGAGGAUUUUAGUGCAAAGACAGGGAUGGGAUUCUUUCAAACCUGUGACGGACAAAGACUCCAACAAAAAAGCAGGUGAUGUGGUUCAUGUAACUGAGCCUGAUGAAAUUGAAUCCAAAGAUGGAGAAAACAGGGAAGUGAAAGAGAAGCCAUACCAAGAAGGCACUAUGAAACUUUCUCCAAAAAUGAUUCAUAAAGGUGAUGAGUCAACGAACAAAGAACCAGGUAUAGUCUGCAAUGGAAAUAUUUUGGAGAAUGAGAUGCAGUCAUCUAGGGAGGAACCUAAAACAGUCUCACCAGACAUGACUGAAAAUGUUAAUGAAGAUAUGGAUUGCUUUACAGUACAUAAAGGUAAAGUGAUAGAAGAUGAUCACUUUGGAAGAGAAGAUGGACUUGAUAGGAAAGAUUGUUGCAUUUCAGAUGUAGAAGCUCACAGUGAUUUGAAUAAUCAACCAUUACCUAUGAGUGAUGGCCCAGACUCUGUAAAGGAGGAUUGCGUCACAGAGUGUAAUCGCAAAGCACCAUUGGAUGAGCAUCCUUCUAAAGUAGACAACAAAGAAGAUGCCCCCCAUGAUUUGCAGUUGAGAACACAGUGUGCAAACGGCAGUACAUUGACAGAAGAAAAUGUCAUUUCAGAAAAAGCUCAACCAGGAAUGGAGCCUGUUCAUAAUGAACCUACAGUUGAGGAAAAUCCAGAAAAUGGUGUUUGUUUGGCAGAGUUGAAUGUUCAGCCAUUACCUAUGAGUGAUGGCCAAGACUCAGCAAGGGAGGAUUGCAUCACAGAGUGUAAUCUCAAAGCACCAUUGGAUAAGCAACCCGCUCAAGCAGACAACAAAGAAGAUACCCCCCAUUAUUUGCAGUUGAGAACACAGUGUGCAAAUGGCAGUGAAUUGACAGAAGAAAAUGCCAUUUCAGAAAACGUUCAAUCGGGAAUGGAGCCUGUUCAUAAUGAACCUACAGUUGAGGAAAAUCCAGAAAAUGGUGUUUGUUUGGCAGAUUUGAAUGAUCACCCAUUACCUAUGAUGUGUGAUGGCCCAGACUCAGUAAAGGAUUGCAUCACAGAGUGUAAUCGCAAAGCACCAUUGGAUGAGCAACUACCUAAAGCAGACAACAAAGAACAUGCCCGCUAUGAUUUGCAGUUGAGAAUACAGUGUUCCGAUGGCAGUGUAUUGACAGAAGAAAAUGCCAUUUCAGAAAAAGCUCCAACAGGAAUGGAGCCUAUUCAUAAUAAGCCUGCAGGUGAGGAAAAUCAAGAAAAUGGUAUUUGUUUGGCGGAUUUAAACGAUCAACCAUUACCUAUGAUGUGUGAUGGCCCAGACUCUGUAAAGGAUUGCGUCACAAAGUGUAAUCUCAAAGCACCAUUGGAUAAGCAACCUUCUCAAGCAGACAACAAAGAAGAUUCCCACCAUGAUUUGCAGUUGAGAACACAGUGUGCAAAUGGCAGUGAAUUGACAGAAGAAAAUGCCAUUUCAGAAAACGCUCCAUCUGCAAUGGAGCCUGUUCAUAAUAAGCCUGCAGUUGAGGAAAAUCCAGAAAAUGGUAUUUGUUUGGCAGAUUUGAAUGAUCAACUAUUACCUAUGAUUUGUGAUGGCCCAGACUCAGUAAAGAAGGACAACAUUACAGAGUGUAAUCGCCAAGCACCAUUGAAUGAGCAACCACCUAAAACAGACAACAAAGAAAAUGCCUGCUAUGAUUUGCAGUUGAGAACACAGUGUGGCAAUGGCAGCGCAUUGACAGAAGAAAAUGCCAUUUCAGAAAACACUCCAUCAGGAAUGGAGCCUAUUCACAAUAAACCUGCAGUUGAGGAAAGUCCAGAAAAUGGUAUUUGUUUGGCAGACUUGAAUGAUCAGCCAAUACCUAUGAUGUGUGAUAACCCAGACUCAGUAAAGAAGGAUUGCAUCACAGAGUGUAAUCACCAAGAACCAUUGGAUGAGCAACUAUCUCAAGCAGACAAUGAAGAACACGCCUGCCAUGAUUUGGAGUUCAGAAAGCUGUGUGGAAAUGGUAGUGCAUUGACAGAUGAACAUACUAUUUCCGAAAAAACGCCUAACACUCAAUCAGAAAUUUAUAAUGAAACUGUAGCUGAGGAAAAUUCAGAAAAGGGAAUUUGUUUGGCAGAUAAGGCACAUUAUCAGGAGGCAGCAUUACCCACGUCUGAUGAGAGAACCUGUUCAUUAGAUGGGUCUUCUGCUGAUGGGUCUAUUCCCCAGAUAAAUGACAGUGUUGAAAUAGGAAGCCCAAACAAAGUAAUGGCAAACUUCAGCCUAAGUAGUGCUGAUCAUGAAGAUGGUGAUGCUAAAUCAGUUGAGGAAGUCUCUCAUUUACCUGAGUGUAAGGGUGUAACAAAAUCUGAAGCUGAAGUGACAUUGCCUAAAGAAAUGGCUCUCAAAAGUGAUACAAUAAACAAAGGAUUGGAAAAGAUCCAUUGUCGGGUUGUAAUUCCAUUUAUUGGAAUAGACACCUCUGGAGAAGAUGCAGUACAACCACAUGACUCACACUCAGAAUGCAAGGUUGAAGAAUUUCAAGGCCAAAAAGGAAUACCAUUUAUCAGUGAUAGUACUUACCCUGAUACUGUGCUACCCACAGAGAUAUGCAGUACAUCUCAACUGUACAGUAAUAAUUCAGAACUGUUUGAUGGCAAAAUAUCACUAAAACUUCUUGAUGUAAGUGAAACCAACCAGCCAGAGGUCUCGGGAAGUGAGUCUGACGACCGGUGCCCUACCCCAACUAUGGAUGAGAAGCCAUAUCAGUAUGUAACUUGUUCUGGCCCUAGUAGUAGUUCUGUCUUUAGUGGUAGUAAAACUGGCAAAAACAUGACUCAGAAAUGUCUUACCAGAAGCUCAUCAUUUUUGAAGGAUAAGAUGCCUCUCGAGCAAAAGCACAAGUCUACAGUUAACAGUGAUCCCAACCUUCAUUUUGGUCUUCACCCUGAUCUUGAACUAAGAACUCUAAGAGUUCUACAAAGUAUAGACAAGUUCCUCUUCAAAUCAAGCCACACUGACAAUGCCAGCCAGAUUAAAACUGGUGAUGUAAGACACUCUCUUGAUCAAAUCCCUAACACCAGCAGCAAGUAUAUCCCUACUUGCCUAACCCCAAGCCACAUCUUUGCUGAUUUUAAGGGCAAGAAAAUAAGCAAUACAAAGUCAGUGGUCGUGUCAGCCUGUACCUCACAAGAACUGCAAACAGAAUCAUCUGGAUUCAAAAGUAUUGACUCUUUGCAAGCCAUCAAACCAAAUGUUGACCAAGAUAAGCAUAAAACAACUUUACACACCAAUUUAAGUCAUGAACCACGUUCAUACAGUCAGCGUCCUGUCAUGGCUGUGAAACCAUCUAAGAGCGAUGAAGUUCAAGGAGAUUGCAUCUUGAAAGACAGAGAAAGUGAAAACUCUGUCAUGUCAAUUUUUUCUAAAGAUAAACCGACUAAAAGCCCCGUAGUCCCAUACACCACACCAGCUCCCAUGCUCUUUAAGAAAAAGACAGAAAGUCUUGAGGGAAAUUCUGAAGGACUUAAUGACAACCAGCAAGAGGCCAGUGAGCUGUCUAACUCAGACCUAUCUAAAUUUGGUGUUCAAGAUCCUUCGUACAAAGGAAGGGACAUUCCCUCAUCAUUUCUCCCCAUGCAGUCUUUUGAAUAUGCAAAAACGUCUUCUAAACUUGUUGAUGAAAACCAAAUUUUCUUGACAAAGAGUUUUGAUGAGAAAAUUGGGCAAAUGGCUAAAGAGAGCAUUGAGAUGGAUCAGAAAGACUGCCCAGGCGCAUCAACUUCAGUUGUGGAUUACAAAGAUGAUAGCACAAUAGACGACAGUCUCUUCCUGGGACCUGAAAGCUCACUCACAUGUACAGUCUAUAACACUGGCCACGAUAGAUCUUAUUCUUUUCUGGAGCAGCUUUCUCAGAGGUGCCUACAAGAUGACCUCACUCGGGCAUCAAUGGAACAGGAGUGCCUUAUCUUCUCACAACAAAUGCAGCAGCUUUUGAAAAGGAGUAAGAGGGGACCCAUCCACCAAUUGGAUGAACAUGACAAAUUUAAUUUGUCUAGCUCUAGUCCUGUGACUGUGCACUUUUCCAGUCUAGAAGAGCAGGAAGAUUCAGUUGAUCACUUGGAUGCACUGUCACUUGUAGGACAGAAAAUUAAGGUAGACAUGUCUGACACGAAAGAUCUGGCAGACACAGCAGAUGAAGGAAAUGCUUUGCAUCCUCAAAACUUAUCCGAAGGAACAGGCAACCAAAUGGAACAUGCUGGAGUUUCUGGUCUGACUGCAGAAUGUGCCAGACAGUACACGGCAAUGAUGAAUGAUGUUGUGAAAAGGGUCCCAUCUAGACCUAAGCACUUCAGAAUGGAUCGAGGGUACUCAAAGACUGAACAAAGCAACCAUUUUGACUUCUGUGGUCAAAUGAAGAGAGAGAUGGAUGAGAGUUUUCGCAGUAGUCUGAAUUCUGUUGUGAAGAAAUCCUGUAAAACAAAGUACAGAUUCUACAUAUUGGUGACGUCAGAUGAUGCUUUCUUUGAGGAAACCAAGGCACAGUUAGAGGCAGAGGGCCAUUCUGCUGUACAACCAUCUGACUUCUUCCUUGGUGAUGAUAGCUCUUCAUCUCUACUCAUAAUCCUCAAGAAUGAAGACAUUGCGGAGCACAUUUGUGAGGUCCCACAUUUGCUCGAGCUGAAGAAGUCACCAAGUGUGCAGUUUGCUGGAAUUGAUGAACCAGAUGAUGUUGUGAAUCUCACCCACCAGGAGCUCUUUAUGAGGGGUGGUUUUAUAAUGUUCGACAGAGCAGCGCUGGAGUCCCUCAGCCUAUGCAACAUGAAAAAAAUGGCAGAAAUCUUGCAAGAGCUAAGCCGAACAGGGAAGUGGAAGUGGAUGUUGCACUACAGAGACAGCCGUCGGCUGAAAGAAAAUGCGAGGUUGACUGCAGAGGCAAAAGAGAAGAAGCACUUCAUAAACUGGUGUCAAGAAGUUGGAAUAUUGGAGGCCUUACCUUACCAUGAGUGUGACCUCAUGUCAAGAGAUCAGCCUGACUAUCUCACGUGUUUGGUCCGUUUGCAGGUCCAGAAUAUAUCUGCCCGCUACCCUAUUUUUAUAACCGAUACUACAACAGACAUUGCCUUUGGAACGAAUGGAAUUUUAACUAUGAAUUUCAACUCUUUCCUGACGUGUUCUCCAAGCGAAACAUUUACAGCCUGAGCUGAAAACGUCAGAUGGACAAAGUUGUGCUGAUUCAAGUACACAGCUAACAGAAACUGGAUGUGAGGAGAAACUUGUAAUUCAUCAGGAAUGGUGAUUUCAAAAUUACUACAUUUGAUUAUUUUUCUUUGGGACAUCACUUUAGCUUCUUCUCAAGCAAUAAUUAUUGAUUUAUGUUGUAAAUUUGUAAACUAAGUUAUCAUUCAGUUAAUAGUGUAUUUAGGCAAGUCUAUUGUAUAUACUGUAUGCAUUUUGCAUCGUAUUAUAGUUUUAUUGUAAAUUGUAUUGUAAACUUGUUAAAAUGUGUAUCAUAUGUGUAUAUUUGGCCUUUUUCAUUACAAUCCUGACUUUAUAUAUUUGCAGUACAAUCGUUAUUAGUGUUUAUUGAUUCUUUGUGGUCACAAAAGACGGUUCGAAGAUUUUUUUUUUUUUUUUCUUUAGUACAAAUUGAUUUUAGUAGUUUGCCCAAGCCUUGCUACAAAGCUAAAUUAGGUUGUUUUCAAGCGGUGUGUAUUUUACUUAUUGAUAUAUACUAAUGUACACUGUUACGGUUACUGACAGUGAGUCUUAACUCUUGAGUGUUAAGUUGUAAGAGCACAACAAUUUAACAUUAUCACUAAGUGCUAAAUAUGUAUAUUUUUCAUGACUGUAUGACAAAAUGACUGAGAAUAAAACGGUUUAUUUUA